UGGCGAUCAUCUUCAUAAUCAAAAGCGUGCAGCUGAGUUGGUGGUGAAUUCUCAUUUCUCAGUCGCAGAGCUUCAGAUCCAGCCCCAAUUCCAGUUUCUGAAUUUCUCCAUCUCGCCCAAUCAGAUGGCACUCGCGAACUGUGCUAGGCGGAAGGCCAACCUUCUAUACAGAAACCUCCCUAUUUCUUACUCUGAUUCCUUCAAUCACUCUUUCUCAUUCGCAUCAUUCUCCAGACGCUUUGCCUCGUCUGGAUCCGAUGAAAACGACGUUGUCGUUAUCGGAGGUGGGCCUGGUGGCUAUGUCGCGGCAAUCAAGGCCGCUCAGCUUGGCCUCAAAACCACCUGUAUUGAAAAGCGUGGGGCUCUUGGCGGAACUUGCCUCAACGUUGGCUGUAUUCCCUCCAAGGCUCUUCUCCACUCCUCCCACAUGUACCAUGAAGCUCAGCAUUCAUUCGCUAGCCAUGGAGUGAAGUUUUCUUCUGUUGAGAUUGAUUUACCAGCCAUGAUGGCACAAAAGGAUAAAGCAGUAGGCAAUCUCACACGUGGUAUUGAAGGUCUUUUUAAGAAGAAUAAAGUGAACUAUGUUAAAGGCUACGGAAAAUUGGUUUCCCCUUCUGAAGUUUCUGUGGACACCAUUGAAGGUGGUAACACGGUGGUGAAAGGAAAAAAUAUAAUAAUUGCAACUGGAUCUGAUGUCAAAUCUUUACCCGGGAUCACCAUUGAUGAACAGAAAAUUGUGUCAUCAACAGGAGCCCUAGCUUUGUCAGAAAUCCCCAAGAAACUUGUUGUAGUUGGAGCUGGAUACAUUGGGCUAGAGAUGGGAUCAGUGUGGGGUCGACUUGGAUCCGAGAUCACAGUUGUUGAGUUUGCCCCUGAGAUAGUCCCAACUAUGGACGGGGAAGUCCGGAAGCAAUUUCAGCGUGCUCUUGAAAAGCAAGGAAUGAAAUUUAUGCUAAAAACUAAGGUGGUUAGAGUUGAUACUUCAGGGGAUGGCGUGAAGCUGACUCUUGAACCGGCAUCUGGUGGUGAACAGACGACACUCGAAGCAGAUGUUGUUCUUGUAUCUGCUGGUAGAACUCCGUUCACUGCUGGACUUGGGCUAGACAAGUUAGGGAUUGAAACUGAUAAGGCAGGGCGGAUUUUGGUAAAUGAAAGAUUUGUUACAAAUGUGGAUGGUGUUUAUGCAAUUGGAGACGUAAUUCCUGGGCCAAUGUUAGCUCACAAGGCUGAAGAGGAUGGGGUUGCCUGCGUGGAGUUCAUAGCUGGGAAGAUCGGCCAUGUUGACUAUGACAAAGUCCCUGGGGUUGUCUAUACACAUCCAGAGGUUGCAUCUGUUGGGAAGACUGAGGAACAGGUAAAGGCACUAGGUGUGGAAUAUCGUGUUGGGAAGUUUCCAUUCUUGGCAAAUAGCAGGGCAAAAGCAAUUGAUGAUGCUGAAGGGGUGGUCAAAAUUUUGGCGGAGAAGGAGACAGACAAGAUACUUGGCGUCCAUAUCAUGGCGCCCAAUGCUGGGGAGCUUAUCCACGAGGCAGUACUGGCCUUACAAUAUGACGCAGCUAGUGAGGAUAUUGCCCGCGUUUGUCAUGCUCAUCCAACGAUGAGUGAGGCAUUGAAGGAGGCUGCCAUGGCAACGUAUGACAAGCCCAUUCACAUCUAGUGGAUCGUCACUUUUUGUUUUGUAUUUUUUCUUUUUUUUCUUUUGACGAGUUGGAAAUUGCUUGUUCGAGACUUUUUUUUCCCCUUUCCCAUCCUGCAUGAAAGCAGAUAAAUCUGCUGCUCUGGUUCUCGCGAAACAAUAAUUUGUAAGAACGGUCGAGUUUCCACAACAGGAAAGGACAGAACAAACUUUUCGUUGUAAUUUACACGCAUAGUGCACCUACACUACACUAGUUUGUGCAAAGCACGUA